ACCGUUACAAAACUCAUGCUGGCAACAUGACACGUCCAAGCCAAGCGGAAGUGCUACUGCUCAAGCUUUUCCAUGCCGCCAGGUCCAUCCAGCAUGAUGCCGGCAAGGACUGGAAUCAAAGGGAGUUCCUUGUCCUGGGAGAGAUCGCAGCGCUGCAGGAUACCGGCAAAGUGCCAUUAUCCGUGGACCUCAUGCAGCUCGGCAUUCUGUACGCGUUGAAUGGCGCCGACCGAGACAGGGAACCGGGUCAAUUCGAGUUUCACGACUUGUACGACUUUGUCGAGCGAUGCGAAUCGGAAGAGAAGGCUGCGGCACGCGGGACGCACGUACCAACCUACUACAAGCAGUCGAAGGAGGCGCGGUGUGCCUUGGACCUGUGGGAAGUCGCAGUCUCCGAUGGCGUUGGUGUGAUCUCAACAUGGCUGAUGCAAUUGCUGCGAGAGAACGGCAGGGCCAUCCGUGGAGGGUAUCAUGAGGACAGCGACUGUGUGGCUUCGACCACGUUGCGGCUCCUGGGUCGAGUGCUGAGGGAUUGGGCAGCCUAGCGAUUCGAAGAUGGAAACGUGGCGGCGGAUAUCCGACGUCGCUGACUUUGUUGAGUCGUUUCUGACUGGAUGGAUCGAACAGCUCGGGCGAGUAGGGGUCACCCUUCCUUCGCCGAUCUCAUCCUAACGGAGCCAUUCCGUAAUCGAGGCCGCCUUUGCAUAUACACGAUACAAUACAAUCAGAUGUUUCACCAAGCAAUUUGAAAAUACGCAUCACGUGCUGCUCUACGUAGCCAACGC